AGGAGCGGCUCACUCUGAACGCAUGCGCAGUGAAGAACCCGGAAGUGGACUGCAGAGCGGAGCAGAGCAGUUUGUUGUUUUUUCAGAGAAACUGCUGAUUAGAAAAGAUGCAGCUUCACUUCACUAAAAAUGUUUUACCGGACUCUGUCAGCACCGACUUCCAGAACCUCAACAAAUUCAACGAGCAGCAAUUUCUUCGUCUGACUGAAAUUCUGUUCCAGUUCUUGCUGGAGCCUAAAGAGACGGAGAGGUUCAUGCAGCAGCUCAGUGAGUUUGCAGGGGAACAUGGGAUGAGUGCCGGUCCUCUGAGGAACCUGAUGAAGAGCGUCCUGCUGGUGCCACAGGGAGCCCUGAAGAAAAACCUGACAGCCGAGCAGAUCAAAGAAGACCUCGUCACGUUAGGACUUAACGAAGACAAGGCAGCUCAAUUUUCACAGCAGUGGGGCGAGCACUACGCAGCGCUGUCCAGACUCGCUGUCAGACAGACUCUGAUGGUGAACCAGCUGGUCGACAUGGAGUGGAAGUUUGGAGUGACAGUCGGCACCAGUGAAGUACAGAAAAUGGGUAACAUCUUCCUGCAGUUGAAGCUGGUGGUCAGAAAGGGGAAUUCCACAGAAAACGUCUACAUGGAGCUGACGCUCCCUCAGUUUUACAACUUCCUGCACGAGAUGGAAAGAGCUAAGGCCAGCAUGGAGUGUUUCAGCUGAGUGUGUGUGUGUGUGUGUGUGUGUGUGUGUGUGUGUGAAUGUAAGAGAGAGUGUGUGUGUUUUCAUGUCAGGCUGUAGCUGCAGGGCAGUGUGUGGUAUGUGUUACGUCAUUCUGAGUCUGUGUGUGGCUCUGACGGCCUCCCAGCGACUGAAGCUCAACACGAGAUACAAUUUAUUUACUGCCAGACGUUUAUACGGAAAUCUGCUAAUAAAAAUGAAUGAAAUGAAAA